CCGCCCCCAGGAGGCCCUCACGACUGUCCGGGGCCGAGGAAACCCCUCCCCGCGGGCGGAGACAGCUCCGAGAGAGUCGACGCCCGGCCUCGGCCGCCAGGACCCAGAAGCUGCGGCGCGGAGCAUGGGCCUGUGAUGGCCAUGGAAGGCUACAGGGGCUUCCUGGGGCUGCUGGUGUCGGCGCUGCUUGUCGGGUUCCUGUCAGUGAUCUUCACCCUUAUCUGGGUCCUCCACUACCGCAAGGGGCUUGGCUGGGACGGAGGCGAUCUCGAGUUUAACUGGCACCCGGUGCUCAUGGUCACCGGCUUCGUCUUCAUCCAGGGCAUCGCCAUCAUCGUGUACCGGCUGCCAUGGACCUGGAGGUGCAGCAAGUUCCUGAUGAAAUCCAUCCACGCAGGGCUCAACACCAUCGCCACCAUCCUGGCCAUCGUCGCCCUAGUGGCUGUGUUUGAUUACCACAAUGUUGGGAGCAUCCCCAAUAUGUACAGUCUGCACAGCUGGCUGGGCCUGGCAGCGGUCAUAUUGUAUGUCUUGCAGCUUCUCCUAGGUUUUUUCAUCUUUCUGCUCCCGUGGGCUCCGGUGUCUCUGCGAGCAAUUGCCAUGCCCAUCCAUGUUUAUUCUGGACUAUUCCUCUUUGGGACAGUGAUUGCAACAUCAUUGAUGGGACUGACCGAGAAGCUGUUUUUUGUCCUGAAAGACCCUGCCUACAGCACAUCCCCCCCAGAAGGUCUCUUCACAAACACCCUGGGCCUCCUGAUGGUGCUCUUCGGGGCCCUCAUCCUGUGGAUCGCCACCAGGCCGCAAUGGAAACGUCCUAAAGAACCAGACUCUACCCUUCUUCAGUCAAACGGGGGCACUGCAGAGGCGGUAGAAGGCUCCGCAGCGGUAAACCUUGCCAACAACCCGGACAAAUCCGAUCCAGACCCAAACAGUGAGGCAAGGAAAAGAAACUUCGCCCUGGAUGAGACUGGUCAGAGGUCCACCAUGUGAGGUGGCAUGGAGACAUAGCCGUGUAUACUUCACCUUUAAAAGCUCGCCCCAAAGCUUAGCUUCUCCUAUUUAGCCAUAUGAUUUUAUUUUAAUCGUGUAAGAGGAGUUCUAGAAAGUGUUUGCAUUGACUGAGGUCCACCUAAUUUGGAAAGGGUGUGAUUGAUAACUAAUAGGUGAUAUCAGUUGUGGUGAUGUUACCUCUUUCUUCUCAUGGACCAAACCCUUAGCACAGAGCUCAAAAUGCACCUGCCAGCUAGUUCACUUGAUAAACUGGCAACAUCCACUGCCUCUUGCCAGGUGAUCAUUUCUUGGUAGUUCUGGGAACCCAGUGAUUACAAAAGUAGGCAGCACCAGCCCUCAAGUUUUCAAAUCCAGCAUGAAUAGAUGGGGCUGGAUAUAGACCUUCAUGCAACACACACAUCAUAACUUGUUUGUAUUGUGGCAUGUGGGGCCAGUUGCUGAGUGAGGGAGGUAGAUCAUCUCCUGGUGGAACUUGGAACAGUCCCGAAGACUCAGCUGAGCCUGAGCUUUCCUGGAUGAUUGUCCUGUAUAAUCCAGAUUCUAGUGUGGUCGUAUUGAAGAUAGCGCCCGAACGCUCAAGCAGCCUCAGCUCCUCUCCACAUGCCAAAGGAGCUCUUUCCUUGAGCU